AUGCAGCCCGUGCCGUUCCCUCACAACUUGCUGAUCGACUACGGAAACAAUCUACCUUCAGAUGACCCCGACGCUGGCCACGACCACCUGCAGCGCUUCUGGGUCGAAGGCGUCUCCAUCACACCAGCACUACAGGCAAUUCUCGAACCAGCCAUCAAGUCCGGCUCCCUCCGCGAGCUGGCCCUCUGUUUCCCCGACCACAGGUCCCCCGACUGGGGCAGUGUCGACCAACCGGCGCAAGCGUUUCUCGAGCAGAUCCCCUGGCUGUACGGUGUCGAGAGCGUCCGGACACUGGGUCUCUUCGACUUCAAUCUCGACACCAACCUCUCCCUGCCGGACGUCGUGCAGUCCCCGGCCGGGGCCCCACGACGCCUGCCGGAGCGUGACCAGGCGAAGCUGCUUGUCAAAUUCAUUGAGACGUUCCCGAACCUCGAGACGCUGGUGCUGGCGUCGAGCCUUUGCGAGUCAAGGUCUAUUGCCGUCAUUACUGAGGCUGUGGCACGGCAGGGUAAGGUGAAGAAUAUAUACGUACAGGGCCACACGGGUGCCCAGAUGUACCUCUAG